GUCGAAGUCGAUGCGCCGGUAUCGUUUGUAGAUUUAUAAGCACAAAUUGUAAAGCUUAGUACAAGCGACUAACUUUAAAUCAUUGUCGUGCCCGUUGCUCGCAAUGCUUUUGUGCUAUUUCUGAGAAUUAAAUAGCGCCAAACAGCGUCCGGCCGACUCAGUUUAAGGCGGCUCAUUUGAACAGCAGGUUGAAGAGGAUUCACCUACGCAAAUCCCCAGGAACUAUAUAUACUUAGAUAUAUAUAAAUAAAUAGGAAAAACAUGCAUUACAUAGCGCUUGCGACGAUUUGCCUCUUGGCCAGUGGAAUCAACGCAGCGCCCGCAGAGACAAAGUACCUCAGGACUGAUGACUUGCCCAAGUGUCCUAAGGAUGCCGAUCAGGCUGGAGACUGCAUCAAGCUCAUUAUGAAUGAGCUGAUACCACGUUUGCGGCUGGGCGAUCCCGAAUUGGGCAUUGAACCGUACGAUCCUUUCGUGAUAGACCGCUUGAGCUUCCAGUACUCGAGUGGAGCGGUCAAUGGUAAGAUUUCAGUGCGAAAUGUUAAGCUCUACGGCUUCGCCGAGCACACGAUCGAAAAAGUGAAUGUCAAAGUCAAUGGGGAUAAGGUCAAGCUACGAACGGUCUCGCACAUACCCAAGAUGAAUAUCUUUGGCGACUACAAGGCGGAAUUGCAGGUGAACUCGCUGCAGCUGAAGCCCAAGGGCACUUUCAACGUAACGCUGUUUGAUGUGGAGAACCGUGUGGUUAUGGAUGGCGAAUUUUUCAGCAAGGAUGGACUACGAUUCUUGCGUCUCAAAGAUAUUGAAGCGAAUCCCACUGUUCGGGAUAUGGUCAUUAAGGCCAAUGGCAUCUUUCCGGAUCCCGAACUGGAUGAGCUCGCAGUGAGUGUGGCUAACAGCUAUUGGCGUGACAUCUAUGGCAUUAUCUUGCCAGAGACGCGGCAAUCGUGGGCUCCUGUUAUGCUGCGCUUGAUUAAUGCGGCUCUGCAGCAUGUGCCCAUCGAUCAGUUCAUCCAACCAUCCGAAUGAGCUUCUCUUCUCUCCCCAGAACGCUUGUAUGUACAUACAUUGUUGUGAUUGCCUUAAGUAAUUAUUUUUAUUAUUGAGAUAUCUUAAUUAAAGCAGGUUACCUCCAAUAAAUCCGCACUUGCUAUUUUUUGUCAUUAUUAAAUUGAGGCGCAUUGA